UGCUCAACUGUAGACGAUUUAAAACCAGAUCAGUUCAGCCCUCCCUUCCACAUUUCCCCACUCCAACUUUCACAGCCCAAUCUCUCCCGCCUUCUCUCAUUUGUUCUCUCCUUCGAUACCGUUUGAUGGGAAACCUUGGAUUGGCCUCGCUGCUGUUCUUCCUUGGCAUUUGCCUCCUUCCUCAGCUGGGCUCAGCUCAACUCCGGCAGAACUACUACGCCAACGUCUGCCCAAAUGUUGAAAGCAUCGUGAGAAACGUCGUCAAGACUAAAUUCGACGAGACGUUCGUUACCGUCCCCGCGACCAUUCGCCUCCUUUUCCAUGACUGUUUCGUCCAGGGCUGUGAUGCUUCAGUGCUAAUUGCAUCCACUGCGAAUAACAGGGCCGAGAAGGACCACCCCGAUAACCUAUCCCUGGCCGGCGAUGGAUUUGAUACCGUUGUCAAGGCCAAGGCGGCAAUCGAUGCCGUUCCACGAUGCCGGAAUAGGGUGUCCUGUGCGGAUAUCCUCGUGAUGGCCACUCGGGAUGUGAUAUCAAUGUCCGGUGGGCCAUCUUAUGCGGUGGAAUUGGGGAGGUUGGACGGGCUGAGCUCGACCGCGGAUAGCGUGGAAGGGAGAUUACCGCAACCGGAAUUCGAUCUGGUCCAGCUGAACACCUUGUUCGCGGCUAAUGGACUCACUCAGACGGAUAUGAUAGCACUUUCAGCCGCGCACACUGUGGGUUUCUCCCACUGCAACAAGUUCGCCAACCGCAUCUACAGCUUCAGCGCGGGGAACCCAGUGGACCCCACCCUUAACACGACGUACGCUUCCCAGCUGCGGGCCAUCUGUCCCCAGAAUGUGGACCCCACCGUAGCCAUCAACAUGGACCCCGUCAGCCCCCGGAUCUUUGAUAACCAAUACUUCCUUAACCUGCUGCAAGGAAUGGGCCUCUUCACAUCGGACCAGGUCCUCUUCACGGACUCCCGGUCCAGGUCCACCGUCAACUCCUGGGCCCAAAGCUCCUUCGCCUUCCAACAGGCCUUCGUCGCCGCCAUCGCCAAGCUCGGCCGAGUCGGAGUCAAGACCGGCUCCGGUGGCAACAUCCGGCAGGAUUGUGCCGCCUUCAAUUAGGGAAUUGCGAGUAGCCUUGUUCGGAGAAAUUGAAUGGAAGGAGAAAGGUUUUAAUAGCUAUGUGAGGAUUGGUUGGUUGGCUAGUUGGACAAACUCGAUAAUAAGCAAGGCUACAAUAUUAGUAUUUCAAAAUAUAAUAAAAAGAAUUAUAUAUAUAUAUAUAUAUAUAUGUAUU